AAAAUUGUACAUAAAUUGUGUUCUAGGAAUGUUUUAAGACCAUAUAAAUUACUAAAUCAUAUUGUUUUUGGAUAUUUAUUUAUCCUUAGUGAUGGUCAGAUUGAAGAGAAAUUUGUGGAAAUAGAAAGGAUCCAUGACAUUUGUUAUUGAAAAGAAAGUAUCUCAAAAUGAAGAUCCCUAGUACAAAUAACGUGAUAGUAGUAUUAUUAGCAAUGCUCCACUCAGGAUAUGGACAUGGAGUAAAGGUUAGAAAAGGAGCUGUCGUUACAAAUGGUUAUGGAUGUUCAGAAAUAGGAGCGUCAAUUCUUCAACAAGGCGGCAACGCCAUAGAUGCAGCGAUCGCAUCGCUAUUCUGCGAAGGGGUUUCGAUGCCACAAAGCAUGGGACUCGGAGGAGGGUUUCUGUUGACAACGUUUAACAAGACAACAGGAGAGGUGUUGACGAUGAACGCCAGAGAAACAGCACCGGGGACAGCGCACCGUGACAUGUACUUGAGUGAUCCUGAUUCUUCCAAAUGGGGAGGUAAAGCAGUGGCUGUACCAGGCGAAUUACGAGGCUACUGGCAAAUGUAUAAAAGAUUUGGUGGAGGCGUACCAUGGGCAAAAUUGGUGGAACCGACCAUCAAGAUGUGCACUGAAGGAGUAAAAGUUACUAAAUUUUUAGCCGAUGUCUAUAAGAGAAAAAAGGCAUAUUUAUACAAUGAUCCUACACUCAGAUCGAUCUAUAUCAAUUCGCAAACCAACGAUACGUACAAAGAGGGAGAGUCCGUGAAAUUGCUGAAAUUUGCAUAUACUUUAAAAAUAAUUGCCAAGGAGGGAGGGGACGCUUUGCAUAAUGGAUCGUUAACAAAAAGAUUCGUUAAAGACGUACAAGACAAAGGAGGAAUAAUAACCGAGGAUGAUAUGCGGACCUACGAACCGAUCUGGGAAGAACCAAUCGUAAUCCCGAUGAACAACGACGAAACCCUCUACACCUCCCCUUUACCCGCCAGCGGAAUCCUAAUUGCUCUAAUUUUAAAUACCUUAAGUGAUUUUGUUAAUUCGGAUGUUGACAACGUUACUGCUGCUCAGAGAACCGUGGAAACUUUCAAGUUCGCUUAUGGAAGAAGGGGAGAAAUGGGAGAUCCAAACUUCUCGAAUUUGACGGGGUUAAUAGAAAGCUUUACAUCAAAACAAUACGCAGAGCAAAUUCGAAGAUUAAUAUCUGACAACAAAACGUAUGAUGAUCCCGAACAUUAUAAAGCAAAAUACACGUGGCCAGAGGAUCAUGGAACUGCUCAUAUUUCAGUGCUCUCACCAGAAGGGGAUGCCGUGGCUGUGACAAGUACGAUAAAUCUUUUAUUUGGGUCAGGCGUCGCCUCCGACAGUACUGGUAUCAUACUUAACAAUGAAAUGCGUGAUUUCUCAUCCCCAAAUUUAACGAAUGGGAAUGGUUUAGCCCCCUCAUCCGAAAAUUUUGUUGCUCCUGGCAAACGGCCGGUUUCAUCGAUGUGUCCGUCGAUUGUUCUAGACAAAAACAAGAAUGUGGUGAUGGUUAUAGGUGGAGCAGGAGGAUCGAAAAUAUCAACUGCAGUUUCUUUGGUUAUUCUUCGGCACUUAUGGUUAGGUAUGGAUCUAAAAUCGGCAAUUUACGAAAAACGUAUCCACCAUCAACUGUUUCCUAUGGAAAUUGUGUUCGAACCCGAAUAUCAAACCGAGGCCAAAUACAUCGUGGAUGCAUUAGCAAAAAUCGGCCACAAGUACGAGUUUCGAGACGAUAAUGGAUUCGCCGCCGUCACUGGAAUCACGACAAAAAAUAAAGGCGAAAAAAUCAGCGCGUGGAGUGACAGGAGACGACCGGGGUAUACAACGUACGUGUAUUAGCCAAACUGAAAAAUAAUUAAAUGGAAUUUCGUGAUUGGCAGCUUCUGGUAUUGAUGUAGCGAUUCCUGUGAUCUAAAAGAUUAAAAAAUUGUUAAAUAAAGUAUUAUAUACACGACAAACACGUAACAGCAAAAACAAUGUUUUAAUCUUGAAAAUAAAUUUAAUAUUUCCAGGUU